AUGCAAAACAUUGGCCCUGCAACACCCCACAUUCAUUCGAAAUCUGACCUCGCGAUGGAUGGUUCAAAUUCGACAAAUUCAUCGCAACCAACCAAGCGAGAACAGAGGAGAAGAAGACAGUCUGAGACUGAGAGCGAUUCUCUGAGCUACCGAGAGAGGGAGGCUGCCAGAAAGCGAGCCAGAAGAGAAAAUGAAAGUGCCGAAGAGAGGCAGAGAAGACUCCAGCGGGAGGCUGAGCAGAGAAGGAGAAGGCGUGCACAAGAGUCGCAAGAGGAGAGAGAUGUUCGACAGUCAAGAGACGCAGAAAGAGCUAGAAUGCGCAGGGAACAAGAAAACGCAACUCAAAGAGGUGCCCGCCUCUCAGGGCUUGCUCAGAGAGCUCGAACACGUCGACAGCUAGAAGAUGAUGAGACUAGAGAGGCACGCCAGGCAGAGAACGCUGAAAGAGCUCGAAUUCAGAGGCAGCUCGAGGAUGAUGAGCAGAGGGAAAAGAGAACGGAGGAUGAUGAGCAGAGGGAUGAGCGGCUAGCACGACUUGCUGAAGAAGCUCGCGUUCGAAGAGAGCUGGAGGGUGAUGAACACAGAGAAAUGCGCCUGGCAAGGUCUAGCUGCAAGAGCUCGAGCCCGAAGGAGCUCAGAGGACGAGGAGCAAAGGGUCAGUAG